UGUGCGCGACGAAAAAGUAUAAAUCGUAACGAGCAGCAGCAAAAAAAAACGUGUGAAAAUUUAUAGAAAGAACGACGCUGUUGUCCUUCGUCUAUUGUCGUCGUUUUCGUCAUCGUUCGUCGUUUUCGUCAUCGUUCGCUGUUUUUUCUCGUAGUCAUCAUCGUUCUCGUCGUGGUUAAUGCAACACUUCAAAAUUUAUAACAACGCGCAAGAAAAUUCACUGCUUUAAAAGUACCUCUUACGGAUCGGAGCCAACAACAACAACAGGAACACGGGAUAGCAACAAGAGGAGAACGGACUAACUGUAAUUCGAGAGGCUGCUUGCAAAAUGCACCUGCAACAAAAACAAGAACAACAACAGACGACGCAUACAAAUUAAACGGAGCAGAGAAACCAAACAACGAAUUGUCCUCGUCUCUGUUUGGGGCAGAGUGCGUGUGUCUCUGUGUGUGUGUGUACGAGAGAGAGCAGCGUGCGAGCGCACACUCUUGCUCGCUCUCUUUUGCUAUCUCCUGCCUGCCUGCCUUUCCGUUACUCGACUUGUGUGUGUGAAUGAGUGGGUGCAGUUGUGUCGCAGAGACUCAAAUAUCAACGCACUCUCGCUCUUGCUGGUGUGUAAACAAUUGGCAUGGAGUGCAAACAUUAACAGCAACAACAAACAACGUUAGGGAUAUGCAGCUAAAACAGCAACAAGAUUAACAGUAAUAGUAAGCGUAAAUAACUGCAAACCGAAAAAAUAUAUAUACAAACACAAACAACACCACAAGCAAUCGUACACAGACGAUAGAGAGAGAAUUGCAAAUACAUAAGCGACACGGUCUGACGACAAAGCAAAAACAAAAACAAAAGCAAUAGAAGCAGCACGAACAGUGGCAGAAAAAUUACAAGUUGCUGGCAACAUCAUGAGCGCGCUGCUGGAGGAGCUUGGCCAGAAAUUGGCCUCAGCGACAACAAUCGAUGACCAAAAACAACAAUUGAAUUCGACACGAUGCGAUGAUUCGAAUUCAUCAUCGGUGCUGGAGGACAUCGACGUGACGAACACGAGUAGCAGCAGUACAAGUAGCAACAGCAGCACAACCAGCAGCAGCUGCAGCCAUGGCUCCGGCACCGAUACAGACACCGGCAAGGGGAGCAGCACUGGUGGCAGCAUGGAUGCGGCACGCGUUAGUUCGUCGAGCAUUGGUUCGGCAUCGAUUGCAUCAUCAUCGGAAUCGACGAACGCAUCAUCAUCCGUCAAUUCAUCAGGCCUGGGCCUGGUAGUCGAUGUGGACAGCAACAUUGGCAGCAGCCAGGAGCUGAGCCAUGGCUAUGAAUCCAAGAGCGUAACGGAACUCGAUUCGCUGGAGGACACGUGUGGUUCAAUGCUCAAAGAUGCCGACAAGAUGUGCAAGCUAUGCAGUUCACGUUUGGUUAUGCCGCGCAUUUUAUCCUGUCUACAUGUAUUCUGCGAGGACUGUCUGGUCAGUUUGCUAUCGAACAAGGAGGCCAGAUCCGCCAGCUCGCCGGCCGUGUCGCUCUCAUCGACGGCCAGCUGCUCGUCGGCAUCGUUCGAUGGCAGCGAACAUCAGCAUAGGAUGCACGCGCUGCUCGAGUGUCCCGUGUGCAAGCAGCAGACGCAGCUUGGCAGCAAGGGUGUCAAGGAGCUGACCUGUGACUAUAUUGUUACCAAUAUACUCGAUCUGUCCAAUCUCGAAUCGGAGCAUAUACCGUGCACAUCGUGCAAAAGCAAAGAGGAUGCCAUCUCCCGUUGCAACGAUUGCGCCAACUUUCUGUGCAAUGGCUGCGAUAAGGCGCACAAAUAUAUGCGCUGCUUUGAGAACCAUCAGGUUGUGCGCAUCGAGGAUCUGCAAAAGAAUGUGCAGAACGACAACAAGCUGAUCAUACACAAGCCAAUCUGCUGUCGCCAGCACAUCAAUGAGAAUCUCAAAUACUAUUGCUUCACGUGCCAGGUGCCGACGUGCAACGAUUGCCUAUUGAGCGAACAUAAGGGCAAUGAUCAUCAUUACGAGACGGCCGUCAUUGCCGAUCAGGCGGUUCGUGCCGAUCUCGAACAAACCAUUGGCGAUGCGCUGAAGAAGGCUGAAUAUUGCAACGAUGCUGGCAGCAAUUUGAGCAGUGCUCUUACCGAACUGCAAGCACAGCACGACAAUGUCCGGCAGCAGAUAGAUGAUGCAUACAAGAGCUACAAGCGAAUGCUCGAACUAAUCCGCGAUCAAUUCCUAACCGAACUGGGCCGUUUGCAUUCGGAACGCGAGCUGAAGAUAAUGGAUCUGAUGCAGAGCCUGGAGAACAACAUGGGACGACUCGAGCAAGCCUCACAAUUCGGUCAGCGUGCCCUCGACAAGGCCAAUGCCGUUGAGUUUCUGCUGCUGAAGCCAGUGAUCAGUGCCCAGUGCAGCUACCUCGUCGAGCAGACGCCCCAAAGUGAUGCCAACUAUCAGCUGCACUUUGAGUGUAUGCCCGACAAGUUUGAGCGUUUCGCACGCGAAAUGUUUGGCAAAUUUCGCACCGAAUCAACGAAAUAUCAGCAGCAGGCGACGCAGCCGCAGUUGCAACGGCAGCAGCUGCAACACCAAACGGAAAUGCAACAAAUGCAAAUGGAAAUGUUAUUGGAAAUGCAAUGUGUGGCGCAACACCAUCACCGACCGCUACAACGCCCAAGCAGCAUUCACCGCCACCUCAGCGCCAACAGCAGCUCGGUGCAAGGACGCUUGAGCUCGGCGGCGGUAUUUAGUCCCAUAUCAUUGCCAUCAUCGUUGCAGAGCUCAUUCGAUGGCGACACCUCGGUGAUGACUAACUUUUCCAUGAUGAGCACACUGCCGCCAGAUUCGCCGCAGCAAUUGCAGCCGCCGCUGCAGCAACAACAGCAGCAGCAACAGCAGCAACAACAGCAGCAACAACAGCAGCAACAACAACAGCAGCAGCAGCAGGCUCUGCAACAGCAGCAGCAACAACAACAACAUAAGCAACAGCAUCAACAACAGCAGCAGCAGCAGCAACAGGUGUUGCAUCAACAGCCACAAUCGCUACCGGUGGCCCAGCAGAUGUCAACCCGUCAGGGCAUUGUUCAGGUGCCGCAACCAGGCGGACAUGUUAAUCUCAUUGCCGGACAGAGCAAUGCCGCUGUCAACAUGGGCCUUAGCUCACUUAAUGGCAUGGGCAUGAAUGCUGGCGGUCAGCCGCCACCAUUCAGCAUGCUUGAAUAUAAUCUGUCACGUUUGGCCAGCCUCACCGAGAAUAUACCCGAUAAUCUGAACGAUGCCUUAAACGUUGGCAGCUCCAAUGCGGCUGCUGUCGUUGCGGCUAAUGACGCCAGCGGUGGCCCCGGUGUCGGCGGUGGCGUCGCCGGCGGUGGUGUUGGUGGCGGCGUUGUUGGUGCUCCAUCGCACCAACAUCAACAGGCGGUUAUACCCGCCUCGGCAGUCACGCCCACACAGCCGAUUACAUUGGCCGACAUCCUGUCGGGUGACCAACGUGCGCUCAACAAUCUGCAAGCUCUGGCCAAACUGGGACUCAACAACAAUGAUUUCUGCAUGCCGGCAGCGACCUCGCCCAAUCUGCAGACACUGAAUCCGAUCGUUGGCGGCGUCGAGGAGAUGACCCUCAACAAUUUUCACGCUGUCGCCCAGCCGGGCACUACCAGUGUGGUAACUGGCCGCAACAAGGCCACACCUAUGCAGAUCCGUUGCAAAUUUGGCUCACUGGGCACGGCAAAGGGUCAAUUUAAUUCACCGCAUGGCUUCUGUUUGGGCGUCGAUGAGGAGAUCAUUGUCGCCGAUACCAAUAACCAUCGCAUUGAGGUCUUUGACAAAAUGGGCGCACUUAAAUUUCAAUUUGGUGUCGCUGGCAAGGAGGAGGGCCAACUCUGGUAUCCACGCAAAGUGGCCGUCAUGCACAACAAUGGCAAAUUCGUUGUCUGCGAUCGCGGCAACGAGCGUUCCCGCAUGCAGAUCUUUUCCAAAUGUGGUCACUUUAUGCGCAAAAUUGCAAUCAGAUAUAUUGAUAUCGUUGCUGGCCUGGCUGUUACCGCCAAGGGUCACAUUGUGGCCGUCGAUAGCGUUUCGCCCACCGUAUUCGUCAUCUCCGAGGAGGGUGAAUUGGUGCGUUGGUUCGAUUGCAGCGACUAUAUGCGUGAACCCUCCGAUAUUGCCAUACGUGACAACGAUUUUUAUGUGUGCGACUUUAAGGGUCAUUGUGUGGCCGUUUUUCAAGAGGACGGCACAUUCCUCUAUCGCAUUGGCAACGAGAAGGUCACCUGCUUCCCCAAUGGCAUCGACAUAUCGAACGCGGGUGACGUUCUCAUCGGAGACUCGCACGGCAAUCGCUUUCACGUCGCCUGCUAUUCGCGCGAAGGCGCUCUUCAAUCCGAGUUCGAGUGUCCCCAUGUUAAGGUCUCACGAUGCUGCGGCCUGAAAAUUACCUCUGAGGGCUAUGUGGUUACGUUGGCCAAAAACAAUCAUCAUGUGCUCGUUCUGAAUACCCUCUAUGUUCACUGAUUGCAAAUCAAAGCGCGAAACAAUCGUCCAGCUGUCGAUAUGAACAAAUACAACUAUAAAUACUCGUCGGGCAAGAUAUACGGAUGUCGUAGGCAGCAGCAGCAUCAUCAGCAGCAGCAGCAGCAUCAUCAGCAGCAGCAGCAGCAUCAUCAGCAGCAUCAUCAUCAUCAGCAACAACAGCAGCAGCAACAGCAACAGCAGCAGCCGCAGCAGCAACAGCAGCAACAGCAGCAGCAGCAGCUGCAACAACAACAACCACAACAACUACAAUCAACAAGCAACAACAAGAGCAACAGCAACAAAAGCAUUAGCAUCAACAUCGACAUGGAGCAGGAUGGCAACAAUAUAAUUCGAGGUAUACCGCCGCCUUCGAUUUAAGAAGGCUUUUCCAACGGGGGUCUACUAGCAAAACAAUAUCGUUAGGUGAGCAAGAGCAAUGUGAAAAAGAAAAACAAAGGGCGAAACAAAUCUCGAACACACACAUAUUUAAGAUGAAAAAAAGAAAAGAAAAGAAAAAACAAAAACAAAAAGAAAAAGAAAAAACAUUUUAAGCAAAAAUGCUGUCAUUGUGAAAGAGGCAAACAGCAGCAACAUGCAACAAGAAAAUGCAAAAACACUAUUUUUGA